AUGGAGGUUGCUAUGCGAACAGACGUGACGUUACGCGAGGAGUACGUGUUGAAACUCUGGGAUACGUACAUUAACGAGAACUUGGUGCAAUCAACGCCUUGCAAGGCGGCCAUUUAUGACGCCUGCUCACUAAGACUGGUAAUCGCCAGCGACGGAUUCUAUCUCCUUAACAACGAGAUUCACAACAUGUCUGAAGGAAUGAGGUACCCAGAGGUAGCGUAUAGAAACGGUAUUGACAUCCAAAGCCGCCAUUAUGACGUUAGGUUAGCCGACGGCAGAAACGGCAUCUACGCUAGAGAUGGAUCAGACGGCUGUACCGUGUGCAAGACGUCAACGUUGUUGAUAGUCGGCGUCAGUGACCAGAAAGUUAAAAGUGAAGAAUGUAAUGAGCAAAUCAUGAAACUCGGGGAUUACUUCAGAAAAAUUGGAUUGUAG